UCAACAUCAACAUCAUUCACGCAUUUCUUCCCUCUAAAUCUGCCCUCAACCCAAAUCAUUUUCAACACUCUCAAAACCCCUCUCUCUCUCUCUCUCUCUCUCUGCAAAAACUUCAAAACUUUUCUCUGAUAAUUUCCUUCUCUCUUCCGAGAUUGAUCCUUCCUUCUCCAACUGCUCUGUCUACUUCAUUUCAGAGGAAUUUCAGUGAUAUGGAUAUUUGAUAUUAAUUAAUUUUGACACCUGGGUUUUCCAUUAGAUCCCUCUCACCUUCCCAGAUUCUGCUUUGUUUCCGUCUGCAACAUCUACUUUACUGGGAUUAGCAUCAUCACCAUUAUUGAUUUCUGGAUCAGUUGUAUUUCCUCUGUUAAUCAACUCAUUUGUAAUGGAUUCUUGCUGUGCAACCUUGAGAGCCAAUACCCACUUGGCAAACCCAAGCAAAUGUGGUCUGAGUCAUGGUGAUAAUGGGUUUUGGGGGGAGAGGAUGAGAGGGAGUCUCAACAAGAACAGUCGUCAUUGGGUUAAUCAGUUAGCAAAAGGCUUGAGAUCUGAGAGAAAGGAGAGGAAGAUCAGACCUAGCGUUUCUUGCUCUGUUAUUACAACAGACAAUGGCAAAGAGACUUUGACCAUAGAUGCACCCCGGUUUGAGAGACGAAGAGCGAACCCAAAAAAUGUGGCUGCAAUCAUAUUGGGUGGAGGAGCAGGGACUAAACUCUUUCCUCUUACAAUUAAAACUGCAACACCAGCUGUUCCACUUGGAGGAUGCUAUAGGCUUAUAGACAUACCGAUGAGCAACUGCAUCAACAGUGGCAUAAGCAAGAUUUUUGUACUGACCCAAUUCAACUCUGCUUCCCUCAAUCGACACCUUGCUCGUACAUAUUUUGGGAAUGGUGUGAACUUCGGGGAUGGAUUCGUGGAGGUUCUGGCAGCCACUCAAACACCGGGGGAAGCAGGUAUGAAGUGGUUCCAAGGGACUGCAGAUGCUGUAAGGAAAUUUAUUUGGGUGUUUGAGGAUGCCAAGAACAAGGAUGUUGAGAAUAUACUGAUUUUGUCGGGUGAUCAUCUAUAUCGUAUGGACUAUAUGGACUUUUUGCAGAAUCACAUCGACAGAAAUGCUGAUAUUACAAUUUCAUGUGUACCAGUGGGGGAUAGUCGUGCCUCGGAUUAUGGCUUGAUGAAGUUUGACCACCAUGGACGAAUCAUCCAAUUUGCCGAAAAACCCAAGGGUGAUGAUCUGAAAGCAAUGGAAGUGGAUACCACUCUCCUAGGGCUGUCUCAGCAAGACGCUGCAAAUGCUCCUUACAUUGCUUCAAUGGGAGUCUACAUGUUCAGGACCGAUAUCUUAUUGAAGCUACUGAGGUGGAAUUAUCCUACAUCCAAUGACUUCGGAUCUGAAAUAAUUCCUUCUGCUGUGAUGGAUCACAAUGUCCAAGCAUACAUAUUCAGAGACUACUGGGAUGACAUUGGAACAACAAAGUCUUUCUACGACGCUAACUUGGCCCUUACUGAUGAGUUUCCAAAAUUUCAAUUUUAUGAUCCAAAGACACCAUUCUUCACAUCUCCCCGAUUCUUGCCACCAACCAAAAUUGACAAAUGCCAGAUUAAGGAUUCAAUAAUCUCACACGGUUGUUUCUUGAGAGAAUGUAGAGUUGAACACUCAAUUGUGGGUGAACGCUCUCGUUUGGACUAUGGUGUUGAGCUUAAGGAUACCUUGAUGAUGGGUGCAGACUAUUACCAAACAGAACCUGAAAUUGCAGCUUUGUUGGCUGAGGAUAAGGUCCCAAUUGGAAUUGGAAGGAAUACCAAAACCAGGGUGUUCAAGAAGCAGACAGAUCAGAGGAAGGAUUUUACAUUCGAUCUGGGAUUACUAUUAUAUUGGAGAAGGCCACAAUCAAUGAUGGAACCAUUAUAUAGAUGGAUGAUGAAUCUUGAAGUUCCCAUGGACUAGAUUGGAGUUGUAGGAAGAGCUCAUGGGGAGGUGAUCACAGCAUCCCAUCUAGACCAGAAUAAGGAAGUGAGCAUUUGUGUUUGGACCAGUAUAUGUGUAUAAUAGAAGCUCCAACUUUGCACUGUACAAAAGAACAUGUAAGAGGGUUUAUAUAUCUGAGAAAUUUCAUGAAUAAAGCUUCAACAUGUGGAAGCUUGUAUUAAACUUUAGAGAUGAAGUUGAAGCAGAAAAGAUAGCUCUCUGUUUUCUUUUUCUUUUCUUUUUUUUGUAUAUUUUCAUCCCACCAAGAUCUUUUGUU